CGGAGUCGCCAUUUUUGUCCUGCCUCUCCGGUGUUGUACGUAAAGGCUUACAGAAUUUUGCUGCGUUUUCAAAUGUAAAUUAUUGUUGCAAAAAGGUGUAAUCUAUUGCUGAAAAGUGCUGCAAACGGAAGUUUACUUCACCGUGAAUCGUUUGGCGAUUAUAAGGCGUCGCAGUGACAGUAAAAACGGCUAAUUUUGCGUUCGAAAGGUAGAAUUUUUCGCCCCGAUUGACGACCUCCGAGUGGGUGACGAAGAGGAAAAAAUCUUGUGUUUAUUAGGCACAAUAAUGGUGGCUGGCGCUGGUACUGCCGCAGCUAACAGUAGCUAUUAAGCCCCAUUGAUAGUAGCAUUGAAAAGUGGAUUCCAUACACUGCUCGAAGGACUGGAUACCGAUUACGGUGCACCGUACUAGGAUUAGCGAUGAGUGAAUCCGAGGAGGAAAUCGUACCCCGUGGUAAUCGUCGGUCGCUGAGACGCAGGGCGACGGGAGCGGCGAGUACGGGUGCUGCCGGCGGUCGAUUGCGGGAUGAUGAUAGCGACAUGGCAGAAGGCAAUGGCAGCGACAGUGGAAGCGAAAUCGAACAACCUGCGCGCAAGAAAAAGGGCAAGAAGAUUGUUCUGGAGGAAGACGAUGAAGCAGGCCCGAGCGGAACCCAGCAGCAGACUGACGGCCCCGAUAGCUCCGAGUGGGAAUCGGAUUGGAACAGUGACGAUGAAAAGUUGCUAAAGGAGGGUGGUGAAAAAGCAGCAGCCACUCUGAUAAGCAAUUUGGGGUACGCAUCCGAUUCGUCCGCUAGUAGCAAUGACAGCGACAAAUGUCCGAUCUGUUUGUUGUCGCUUAACGAUCAGGAAAUCGGUGUACCGGAGGUUUGUGAGCACGUAUAUUGUGCGCCCUGCAUCGAGGAGUGGUCCAAAAAUGUGACUACCUGUCCUAUCGAUCGCAAGAGUUUUGAUGUUAUCAACAUCUACAAAAGUGUGGAUAGAAAGCAGUUAGUUCGCAAAAAUCUAGUUCAGAAAAAGUCUCCCGUGGAUAUUCCGCUGCUAGAGGAUCAUGAAUUAACCUACUGUGAGGUCUGCCGCCGACCGGAUAGAGAAGACACCAUGCUGUUGUGCGAUUCCUGCAACUUGGGGUACCACAUGGAAUGUUUGGAUCCACCGCUGACAGAAGUUCCUUCCGGCUCAUGGUACUGCGACUGUUGUUUCGCUUCAGCUUCAGAUGAAGACGAUGAGGAAGUGCAGGAUUUGCUGAAUGAUCUGAACGAAAUUGGUGGAAUACGUCAAACCCGAUUUCGUGAACGCAUUAACAGUCCGCCACGGAUUGUUCGCACACGCCAAAGUGAGCGGAUUCGCACGGCGAUCUUAAGUCGCACUGCCACAUCAGUUCGGUUGAGUGUGGUUCAGAAUGUUGACCAGCCGGGGCCAUCUACGAGAAGGUCAACAACGGCAAGCACUACAGUGGCAGAGGCGUCAUCUUCCGCUCGUGUUGCCCCUGCGAAAACUCUCCGUAAACGACGAAAACGCCGUACCAGACGAAAAAUUCUUCGCAUGAUCAUCUCUGAGUAUGACGUAAACAACGACGAUGAGAAAUUUGCCUUGAAACGAACAAAAAUCUAUAAAAAACUGAAGAAAUUAAGUAAAAAACGAUCGAAACGUAGGGUCAGUAAAACGCGCAGUAGUCGUCGCAUCAAAGCGAACGGGCUAACUGAAGGUCUUACACAAGACGCUUCAGAGCUGCAAGCCACACGGUUCAGUACUGGCAUCCCUACCUUGAAGCUUUUCGGAGGGGCUAAUGAUUUAGACUAUUUUUCGGAUGACGAUCAAGCUCAGGAUAUGGAAGCGGAGACCACGCCAGGUGGUAGGGGUGAAACAGCUGUACAGAGCGGCAUACGCGCUGCUCUCCGAAACCCUCUUGGACGACGACGAGCUUUGAAGAGUGGCUUCGAAGCCAGUUCUAGCAGCGGACCCAUAGAUUUACUUGGAAGCAUUAUGGAAGAUCAAAAACGUUGGCAUUCUAAGAACGGAUUAGGAGACGUCAAAAUCAAUAAUGGAAAAAUAGUUUUCCAAGGUGGAAAUGCACUGAAGAAAAAGUUUACUGUGCCGGGAAUCACUCAGGCCGGCAUAGGAAAUACUCCUCAAAUAAGUAUCAAUAUUUCCAGUUCUCGCACAGGAGCUGCUGAUUCUACCAGUUCGAAUACAAACACUAGCCUUAACCAAUCGCAAACGACGGCUAGUUCUUCUGGAGUUGCCAGUUCGAUAGGUGGAUUCAACCCGAAUGAUCCUAACGAUAAUGACAGCGUGCCAGAUCUAUUGGACACGUCAAUGUUUGUAGAUCUUCCUCCCCUAAAGCCAACCCGUGAUGAGGAAGAAGAAAAGAAAAAGGAAAAUAAUGAUUUGGAUGCGUCGCGCACCGACAGAUCUACAGGAAAUCUCAGUCCUGCAUCAGUACCACUCCCAUCUGCUACUGCUGUGGAAAGCGGUUCUGAAAAUAGUCUAGCACCCGGUACUUCGAAAGGCUUUGGGAAGUUCAAGUUCACAAUGACUUCGGAAUCCAACUGUCCGAAUUUUUCAGUUUACUCUUCGGAGACUCUACAGUAUGCCAAAAGUGGCGGCGAAGAACCCUAUGAUCCGCUGGAUAGUGAGCAGAAAACCGACGAUGAAUAUGAUGCCGAACGUGACGAGGAUCUUGUUCAGCUAGAUGACGAAGAACUGGCGGUUCCUGUUGACCCCAAGGCUGUCGUUUCCCCGUUGUCUACGGAGCCUGAUCAGGAAACCAUUCCCAACGGUACGGAUGAGCUUCCCACGAGUGCACCCGAUCAUAACGCCUUCGAAUCCGAUUCUGAAGACGAAUUGAAACAAAUCGAAGAAACUUCUGUUCCAGUAGAACCUGAGCCCGAACCUACUAACGAACUCGACGCACUAACCCCUCCUUUAACGUCAACUGUUGCUGUUGCUUUAGCAAGCUCUACUACUGAUACUGCUACUACUCCUACAAUUACUACUAUCAGUACCAUGGCCGUCUCGCUACUAGAAACAGCCACAGCUGAAGAAACCAGCCCUACUACAACCCCAGUUUUGGCAACAUCCCCCAUUGUCGCUGUCGCAAUUACAGAUCCAGAAGCAGUUGAUUCAGCCCACGGUGAAGAGGAUCGUAGCUACACGCCCUGUUUGGAUGAAAAAUAUCAGGAAGCUCGCCGUGAGCAUGACAAGAGCGACAGUACUCCAACACUUCCGUUGUCAUCCACGGAAGGCAUUGAUGGCAUGGACACCGAACUUAUCUCCGAAGAAGAUGAGGACACAUUCAAGGAGGAUGAAGCUCAAGCAGCGUCCGGUGCUAAGCUUGCAUCGUCCGGUACUAAGAAGAAAGAUCUUGCGAUCAAAAAGGUAAAUAAGAAAGUAAAAGAACGUAACUAUCGUGACAAGGAAGCCAAAAGAAGAGAUCGCAAUGAUGAUAAAGAAAACGAGUCACGUCGCUCCCGGGAACGCAACCGUGAGCGUCGCCCGAAACGUAAGGAACUGCCCCGUUACGAUGUUCGUACCUUGAUUGAAAAGCGCCCUAAAGUGCCAAAAGAUCCAUUUGGGCGAGAUGUAACGCCGAAACCUCGCUCCAAGACUCGAAGUCGCUCGCGAACACCGGAAAGGCGCCGGGAGGUCUCCAUUUCCUUGAGCCCGGAACCUGCACGACGGUUCAACCGACGCCGAUCAGUUUCUCCACGAUACAGAGCACGAAACAGAACGCCGCCACACUAUCGACGGAAUGUAUCAAGAUCACCAUCACGAGGUCCCCGGAUGAAUUUUAUCAAUCGUUCCCGCUCGAGGUCGCCGAUGCCAGCCCGACGUUUAUCUGCCAGAUCGAUGACAAGAAAUCCUACUCCACCCCGUGUAAGAAUUCCACCGCGAUCAAUUUCGCGAUCACAUUCACCGGUGGAAGCCCGAAGCAAGACAAAGAAAAAUAAGAAGAAGAAACGACUUAACCCUUCGCCUGAUCGUAGCCGAAGCCGUACACCGAGUGAUCACAGCAAGAAAAAGAACAAAAAAGCGCGUAAGAAGAAAAGCAAAAGGCGCGCUGGAUCACCAGUCAAGAAGAAGAAGAACCGCAGGAGGUCAAUUUCGCCUAUGUUAUCACGGUCUCGCUCGAGUUCUCUGUCGAUUCUGAAUGCACCCACUACUGGGGUACUCACAGAGCGCUUUGCAAAAGUUCGACAGCGAAAUUCCUGGACACCACCGCCGCCUGCACGACCGAAAACGAACGGAACGAAUCUAACAGUCAUUCUAACUAACGAGGAAGCUCUCGCCAAACAGGCAAAGGAAAGGGAAAGAAAACGCAAGGAGGGUCGCCGCCGAGAACGGGUACGCGACAAAAAUCAACCCUCGAAGGAAGUAUUUGCAUCAGGUGAUAAUAUAUUAGUUAGUGUUAGUUUUAACGACAAAAAUCUGAAUAAGGAGAACCAGACAACAGUGGAGGGUGCAAGCGAUGCGCUAUCGGCAGCAGCGGCACAAAAGAGGAUGAAAGAAUUGGCGAAGAAGCGCGCUGAGGCUGAAAAGGCCAAGCGAAGGCGCCUUGAGCGACUGAAGAGGACUCGUGGCGAAGCUCCCAAACCGGUUGUCAUUAUUGACCUAGACCGUUCGCCGUUCCGCGUAUUGACACCUUCCCCGAGAGCCGUAAUCGUACUCAGCGACAGCGAUACAGAAAAGGAAAAGGACCGACGUGAACCAGAGUCUGGACGAGCUGGUGCCACUAACUCCAGCCAGCAACCAGGCGCUGAAACAGUUAAUACUAAUGGACCGACCUCAACAACACGUAAAUCUCCAGCUGAGCGUCAUGAGGAGGAUAUGUUUGGUCCUAAGACCCCGCCUGGUUUCCCGAGCCAACCACAACCCACGCAAAAUAAACCCCAGGCACCGAAGUUUACUAUGCAAGUGAAACCCAAGUCGUCGAACCUUCGUCCGUUGAAUAUGCUUUAUGAACCAGGCGAAUUGGAUGAAGCUAAGACUCCCGAAAUCGACAAUCCAGAGAGCUCUAGCAUGAACUACAAUAUGGUUGGCCCGAACACACCCCCAGAACCAGCACCGCAAUCUCCCUCCCCGGAUGUGUACGAUCCGUUCGAGCCAACGAAAUCUCCCUCCCCUUCACCACCUAGACGCGAUAAUGCAUCGAUUGAACGCCUGUCGGAUUUGGAUGAUGCUGUUUUACCAACGAGUAGCAGUAAAGUAGAUGGUCCGGACUCAGGUACUGGCAGUGGUGAUCCGAAAGUAGACUCUCAAAAUCAGGACGAAGUCAUGAAUGGAGAACCUGAUCCUCCACGUAGCAGUAGCAACAAAAUUACCAUCUUGAGUAACAUCGUUAUCAGCCAGCCGUCGAACAGUAGCAGCCAGGGUGUGGUAAGCGGCUCCGGUGUAUCGGCCAGUCAAAACAAUACCGGUGACGAUUCGGAUGUCAUCUUUGAUGAUUUCGUGUCCUCAUCGGCUCCGGCUCCUAGCCAGUCGACAGUAGGCUACAACACUACCACCGCUAGCAAUCCGAUUAAGUCGUAUAGCACAACAGCCAACUCGUCAAGCUUAAUUUCCAAAUUACCACUACCUCCGGGUGUCAACACCGGACAAAAGUUCAACGAUUUUAUCAACCCAACUGACUCACCGUAUUCGCCCGGAGCGAGUGAUUUCGAUGAUCUAUUCGAAGCGGGUGGUGCAGAUAUGGAGUCUCCACCGGCUGCACCUGUUAAGCAAUCCUAUAAACCGAUGAAGAUCAUGUCCAAGGGCGCUAAGAAGGGAAUGUUCGACAAUCUGUUCGGCAGCUCGCCUAACAACAGCUUCAAACGUAUGAAAAAGGCACCGCAUAAGCGAAGAGCUAAACCAAAAGGAGACGACGACGAAGAUAUGUCCAAGCUUACAACAAAGGAAAGGUUCCUCAAGAAGCUGAAUCGACUGGAACGGGUGGUAGAGGAAGUAAAACUGGUUAUCAAACCCUUUUACAACAAAAAGCAAAUUAACAAGGAAGAGUACAAAGACAUUCUGCGACGUGCUGUUCCCAAGAUCUGUCACAGCCGAACCGGUGAAAUUAAUCCAUUCAAAAUCCAGAAGCUGAUUAAGGCAUACGUGCGCAAGGUGCGGGGCAGGCGGCGUCUGGCCAAGAAGGGUCAAGGAGCCAUUGGCGGUCCAAUUGGACUGCCAGGUACUAACAUAAACCCAAUGAUAAUCUGAAAGGCUGUUAGGAAUAGUUGAGCAAAGGCAUGCGACGAUGACGACGAUCCCUGAGUUCCCCUGUCUUCGAAAUCCACAAUGUCGAGAAGAAGUAAAUUAUUGGCUGACGCAUGCCAGCUGCCCGUUGACACUCAGGAUGUGUUACAAGGUUUGCUUCUUUAUUAUUUUACUGUAGUUUAUUAUUUUGUUACAUUGCAUUUUCCUCCCUUUUUUCAACAUUAUCGCAUACCACAGAGCGGUGGAUACGCGACGCAUGUGUAUGCAUUAUUGAUGGAUUCUGAAAAAUCUUGGAUUGGCUAAGGGAGCAGAAUUUAGCUUGGUUCCUUGGAAAAUUUCGCGAAUGUUAGUCAAUAGGAUGAAUGUAGAGGGAGCGAGGAAGAUAAACAAAACGAGGAAAAGUAAUUAACAUACUACUUCAAUGGAAACGUAAGAAUUCCCUACAGAAUUAUACGAUUAAUUUUGUUGCUAGCAUUAAUGAUACAACAUACGAUCACGCAUCAAAUUUACUCAUAUUUGUGGUAGACAGUUGCUCUACACAAGAAAAAUCUAGUAGAAAAAGGGUAUUUAUGAUAACUAUCAUAUUGAAUAUUUAUUGGAUAUAAACAAUUCCUAGAAUAAGGGUAGGUUUACUAGAUUGUGCUAACUGUAGAAAUUUACAACUAAGGCACAUUAUCAGUGUAAAGUUUGUCCAAUAAUAUUGCUAGCUCCCGCCAGAGCAGCAGUUGCAAUCCCAAACAGUUCUUUUUGCUCUAACUCAUACACGGAAUGUGUCGCAAAUCGAGCCGAUUGUUUGCUGGUGAACAACGGUUUUAAGCUUCGAAACCAUCAUGCUUCCCAAUAGUUAUAUCGUACUUUUUUCUCAAGCAAUGUGUGCAAAUAACUACACUUUUUCACAAUCACGAUACGAUGGUAAUGCAAUUUAAUUUUACUACAAUCCAACACUGUGGUCACCGCAUGAAAGCUUAAGCAACUGGUGAACCCAAUAAACAUUAUUUUACUGUUAAGCCCUGUCGCGCCAGACUUCGUCGGGAAACUGAAUUGAAUUGAAAGAAAUCGAAUAAAACUCCCCGUCUGUGGAUGUGGUCUGCGUAACAGUAAUCACGCAUCAAUUCACUGAAGCUCUACCUAAACGAACGGACGUUUGGAAAAACAAUUAAACGUGAGUAAUUUUAAAUCGAUAGUAUAGCUUACACACACAUACUAUAUGAAUACAAUUAAUGCAGAGAUAAUGCUAAUAAAAAGUGAAUAGUUUAAGCCA